AUGACUCCAAUACAUUUCGCAGUCGCCCUUCUACUACCUUUCGCAUCAGCAUGGCCUAAGUAUCUACCGCGCGCCUCGCUAACCGCCCCAACCGCCACCGCCCUCCCGACCAUCUGGGUAGCCGGCGACUCCACCACAGCGCCAGACGGCGGCCAUAACGGCACUCAAGGAUGGGCCGAGUACCUGCAUUACUCCUUCGGCAGCAAUGCUUUCGUAAACAACUCAGCCUAUGCGGGACGAUCAGCCCGCUCAUUCACCCGUGAAGGACGCUUCGAUUGGAUCGCGGAAGCGAUGCAUCCAGGAGACUGGGUCGUUAUUGAGUUCGGCAUCAACGACGGUGGCACGCCGUUGAACGGGUCUACGAGCACGACUGGUGAUAAGGGGAGAGCGGAUUGUCCCGGUGCUGGGGAUGAGACUUGCACUGUAGUCAACGCCACCGAAAUCGUCCAUACUUUCCCGUGGUAUGUCAAGGCGGCCGCCUCGAAGUUCCUUUCGUUAGGAGCGGCGGGUAUUGUCAUCUCGGAGCAACUUCCGAACAACGUGUGGGAAACUGGUAACUAUUCAUACACGCCGUCGCGCUUCUCGUACUAUGACUUGCUUUCCGUCGAAGAGCUGCGAGGCCCCAAAUCUAUGGUAUAUUUCGUCCAGCAUGGAACUUAUGCGGCGCAAGCGCAGAAACUACUUGGUCUGGAAGUGGUGGACGCAAAUUACCCGAUGGAUCAUACGCACACUGCGCCUUUUCUCGCAGAUGUGCAUAGCCAAGCUUUCGUGCUGGGCCUGAAAUGCGGGACUGCCCCUUUGGCCGAUCUAGUUAUCAACGCUACGGCGCGGAUUGAGAUGUCACGUGGCCCGUGUCUCCCGGCCAAUAGCACACUUCCCAUUUAG